CUCACGCUUCACUCCUAUUGUACAACCUAUCAACAAUCCCCUUCGGCCUCUAUUUCGUUCAAUAUGUCUCGCCCUGUUAUAACGGGCCAUAUUUCGCCUGGUGUCAAAGAUUUGGACGACGUUGAGGUUCUGGAUUCAGAACCAGAACGAGAAGAAAUUCGAAGGAAGCAUAAGGAAGAGCGCAAGGAAAAGAGGCGCGAGGCUAGUCACAAAAAGCUUGUUGCAUCAGCUUCCUCCAUCGCCACACAACGGGCCUGUUUGAGCCCUCCACCUCCUGUCUCGAUUCCAACUCCUCCCGAACAAAGCAACGAUGAUGUUAUCGAAAUCAGUGACAACGACGAAGGGCCCGCGACGGUUCAAGCCAGCAAGACUAGCGCUCCCACUAAACUCGUUAACGCAAGCAAAGAGGCUUCAGAGGAACCAAGCAUCAUUGACAUCAGUGACGAUGCACGUCAUCCACCAGCGCCUGUGUCUGUCUCGAUACAAGCAACGCAACAGGAAAAUGACCGUCGGCUCCCGACUCCUAUCAACUCUUCUUCAUCAUAUGCGGCAGUAGAUAUCGCUCACUGCGCAUCAGCAGCAGACGCACCUCAGGAACACCAGGACUCCGACGACUCUGAACAGGAGGGCUCGAACUUCCGCCUCAAAAUGGGUCGCUUCGCCUACACCUCGGACUCGCAAUCGUCGUCUCGAGGCUCUCGACCACCCGGACGAACGUAUCACUCCUACUCCACCGCAGCAUCGCCUACACCCGUGUCCGAUGCCCCCCCUGCCGAAAAGAAGAAGCGUGCUCGUACCCCAAAAGUUCAACUCGACCUUGGUGCCACAGAUGGUGAGCUUGCCUCUCUGAAGCAAUGUAUCGCCUGCAAACGAGACUGGACGGUACGCAAGACCGCUGUCCAAAAGGGAUCGCACAUCCGGUCCUGUGCCGCUCAGCACGGUCUCAAUCAAGAAACGGUGACCAUUCUGAUUCGUCGAGCUCUGGAUGAGUCUCCUCCGCCCCCUAAGACCAAAGGAAAAGGAAAGGCGAAGGCGAAAACUGUCGAGGAACCUGCGGCCGAACCGAAAACAUACCUGGAAAAUGUCAUCGACGAGACGACUGUCAAGCGCAGAGGCCGGCGGCCAGAGGUCCAGUCGACCGUACAAGACGUGCGUCACACGACCACUGCCAUACUCAACAGGGCACGGACUGUUCUGGACGUCUCCGUCGACAAACACGGUCCUGCUCCUCCUUUAACUCAGGCCUUCGGCAAGAGCAAGUUGGGAGGUGCACUUCGCAGGCAAGAAGGUCAAGAGCAAGGAGAAAAUGCGGAGCCGCCACGAACUCAAGUAUUUGGCAAAAGUGCUUUGGGCGCAAGGUCUGGGUCUGGGGCACCUAGAAUUUCUGGCUUCGGGUCUACCAGCGAUGUUGAGGACGAUGGACCUCCCCUCACUCAGCCUUUCGCUCCUUCGAAACUUGGCGCGAGUCUCCUUGCUACAGGUCCCUCGCUUAUGGCGCCGUUGUCGCCGUCGAGGCAAAGUAAUCAAGACAACUCUGUCAUAAGUAUCUCCUCUUCCCCUGACUCUGACUCCGCUCUGGCAUCAAGCGCAAGAGACCUGGCUCUCCCUCGUACCCAAGCUUCCAAACAAAGGCGAGGAAGCUUUUCUGAUGCCACCGGCGUGGUCGCGGCCGGUGUCGACGUUGACGAGGCGCGAGCGAAUGAGGAAUAUGUAAUGAACGAUGAUCUAUAUGGAUGGCAGUGGGACGGUGGCGAAGGAUUCAAUGAUGAUGCGAAUUUAUAUUUCGAGCCAGAUCUUCAACCUGGGUCACCUGUGGCAGGACCAAGCCGGAUCACCUUCGAACGAGCUGCGGUCCCCUCGGACGAAGAACUAGAAAUUGACGAACAUUCAGAUUCAUCGCUGCGUCUGCUACGGACUAUUCUCGCUACUUCCGGGUCGGGAGCAAAGGGCAAAGGCAAAGGCAAAGCUAAACCGCCGGACACCUCUCCUGUUAAGACCAAGACCAAAACUACCAAGAAGACGAAACCCUCAUCUCAAGGAACGAGACCCGUUUCCCCUCCACCAUCGCCGUCCAAGGCUGGCACGCCCAAGAAGCAAGUGCGCAAAGCAGCUCCAGCUUCGUCGCCACCCAAAUCGUCCCGUUCGCAGCAAGGUCGGACUCGGUCCACAGUCCUUCAUUCUUCAGACGAAGAAUUCGACAUGGUACCCCUGUCAUCCCAAAAAGCCGCCGGCACCGUCACCCCCAAACGCCGCAAACGACAAAGCUCCUCGACCGAUGAGUCGGCUCUAAAGUCGAAGGCCACGGGUUCACCGUCCAAGAAAGCCAAAGGAAAGGCGAAAGCCACUUCGCCUACUCGAACUCGCAAAAAGCGCACCGCAGCAUCGGACGAUGGGGCAGAAUCCGAAGACGUCGAUAUGCCCGUCCCAGGGCGACUUCUUCUUGACGACGAAGAAGCAGGUCGAUAUUUGGAAGAGAAGCUGAAAGCGUCCAUAUUUGCGGACGAGGAGUUGCAUUUGCGUAUUCUGCGCUAUGAGCCUAUCGAGUUUGAUGUUUUCAUUCAACUGUUGAAGGAUGUGAAGAUGGGGAAGGGGAGGAUGAAGGUGGCUGUGAGUGGAAUUCUGGAUAAACUUGCUAUCAAUUUUUACGGAGUGCAUGGGACGACCGGUCGGAGUCGAACAAAGAAGAGAUGA